CUCCCUCCCUCCCUCCCUCCAUUUGCCCCCCAACCUCGCCUCGCCUCGCUAGGGUUUCAGAGCCCCAUCUCCUCCCCAAUUCCGCCCGAUCCCGCUUGAUCUCGGCCUCCAUGGUCUCCGGCGUCCCCCACCGCCCGGACGAGAACGGCGGGGGCGGCGGCCCGAGCUUCCCGCAGCAGCCGGCGCCCGUGGGCACUCCGCCGCCCUCCAGCGGCCCCGCGCACUCCGCCUCCACCAGCGGCGGCAGCGCCGGCGGCUCCCCGUCCAGCCGCAGCGAGCAGCAGGGCCCCGCCGCCACCAACGGCGCGGGCCCCGCGGCGUCCACGCCCGCCAGCGACGGCACGGCCUUCCUCCGCCUCAACAACCUCGACAUCAACGGCGACGACGCGCCUUCCUCGCAGGCUCCCAUCAGCAUCAAGAAGAAGAAGCGAAGAGCGGCAGCAGUUGGUCCUGAUAAAGGUGGCCGGGGGUUGCGACAGUUCAGUAUGAAAGUUUGCGAGAAAGUUGAAAGUAAAGGGAGAACAACAUAUAAUGAGGUGGCAGAUGAACUUGUUGCUGAGUUUACAGACCCCAAUAAUAAUAUUGAACCACCAGAUCCUGAUAAUCCGAAUGCACAACAAUAUGAUGAGAAAAAUAUUCGAAGGAGGGUUUAUGAUGCACUGAAUGUUCUGAUGGCUAUGGACAUUAUAUCUAAGGAUAAGAAGGAAAUACAGUGGAAAGGCUUGCCUCGGACUAGUAUAAAUGAUAUUGAAGAACUGCAGGCGGAUCUCGCCGGAGUGAAAGGAAGGAUUGAAAAGAAAAGUGCUUAUUUGCAGGAGCUACAAGAUCAAUAUCUAGGUAUGCAAAACCUAAUAAACCGAAAUGAGCAGCUGUAUGGUUCAGGAAACAUUCCUUCGGGUGGAGUGGCCUUGCCAUUCAUCCUUAUCCAGACACGGCCUCAUGCAACUGUCGAAGUUGAAAUAUCAGAAGAUAUGCAACUUGUGCAUUUUGACUUUAAUACCACCCCAUUUGAGUUGCACGAUGACUCGUAUGUGCUAAAAGCACUGAACUCGUAUGGAAAAGAAGAGAAUGCCGGUACUUCGGAGCCGAUAUCAAAUGGAUGCGAGGGCUCGAGCACGCCGAAUUUUUAUCGGCAUCAGAUACAACAAUCUGCAAUGGCAAGUAAUGGCACAAAUAGAUUACCAAGCUCACCACCACCCCCUGUUCCAGGCAUUCUGAAAGGGCGAGUGAAGCAUGAGCACCUGUACUAGCCAGGGCGUUUGUUUUGAUUGUUUGUCAUUGGUGUUUGGUAAUAUUAUCAUUUUUCUUAUUUUCUUCCUUUUUUCGUGUAAAGAGCCUGUAAAGGGGAGAAGUAGGUCGAUCUGAUUUAGCUCUGCACUAGAUUGAUAGAGUGUGAUAGGUACCCCUGAAUCCCUGAUCUGUGAUGCUCCCGUGUCCAUGUGUAACUCCCAACGGACUUGAAUCUGUUCCUUAGAGGUGUCGUUUCUCUCUUGAUUGCCAUGCAGUUGUGCAGAGCAAUGUAAAAUAGUUACCUUUUGAUUUCUGUGAAAAUGUCGUCAGUUCGCAUGCUUCGCUUUA